CUACUGCGAAUUGGUAAAACCAAAAUUCAAGCCUUUUUGGAUCUCCAUCUCCUCUACAAACUUCAAGUUUAAGCUGAUCGUGAGAAAUUAAACCACCUUCUGAAGAAAGUUGUAAUUUUUUUUGUUCCCUCAUGGAAAUUUCGUCUGCAAAAUGGCUAUCUGAAAUGGAGUUGGAAUCUGCGUUUAUGGACGAUUUCCAAAUGAACCCUUUUGAGUGCACGCUGGAGGAGCUGAGUUUCCAGACUUUCUCCGACGAGAGCUACACCUCCCACGCAGAUCUAGACAACUCCUCCGUCAAAACUCCGCCGGCGAAACAGCCGAAGACCGCCGCCAAUAACCGUCAAAUUGCUUCCAUGGCUGCUUCUUCCUCCUCAUCGCAUAUUAUUUCCUUUGGAAAUUCCCACUCUGCAAAAGUUAACGACAAUGGAGUUAAUUACAGCAACGUGAAGCCUAAAUUUGAGAUGGGGUGCGAAGGAAAUAUCGAUUUGUCGUCGGUGAUUGCUCAGGGUGGUUCUAAUGAGAAUCAAAAUUACUGCUCACAAAAAUAUGGGCAGGGAAUCAAGAGGGGUGCUGGGUGUUUGAAUCGGAGCCCUUUGGUUGCUCAAGAUCAUGUCUUGGCUGAGAGAAAGCGUAGAGAAAAGCUCAGCCAGCGAUUCGUUGCCCUUUCUGCUCUUAUUCCACACCUCAAGAAGAUGGAUAAAGCCUCAAUUCUUGGGGAUGCAAUUACAUAUAUCAAGGAUCUCCAAGAACGUUUGAGGGUGGCUGACGAACAAUUAGCAGCCAAAGCAACUGUGGAAUCAGUGGUGUUUGCGAACAGAUCAUCCGACGAUCUUUCAAGUGGUGGCAGCGACGUUUCCUCCGACGAAAACAGCUCCCCGGACCGAGCAAUCCCAGACAUAGAAGCCAGAGUUUCCGGCAAAGAUGUUCUACUGAGGAUUCAUGGCAAGAGAUGCAAAGGGUGUCUUUCAAAUAUACUAAAAGAGAUAGAGAAGCUCAAUCUAACGGUUCUCAACAGCAGUGCCUUGCCAUUUGGCCAUUCUAGGCUUGAUAUUACUAUUAUUGCUCAGGUACUUAAUUACAAUUAUAAUCUCUCUACCACUUUAUUUAUAAACUCUUUUUUAAUUUGCAUUAUUAUUAAUAUCUAUUGCAGAUGGAGGAUGAUUUCAGUAUGACAGUGAAGGAGUUAGUGCAGAAACUAAGACAGGCUUCUCUUGAGUUGUAAAAGUACAAAAUUGUCCCAAAAAGUAUUCACUUUGUCGUCAUAAUGGUCUGAUUAACUGUUAAUUUGCUUCCAUUUUCCCCCGCAACAUCCUUAAUCUGAGAGAAAUUUAACAAACGCCUCUGAAUCUCCAUCAAUUCAGCACGAGGGCAUUUUUUUCUUCCUUUUGAAUCUUUUUUGCGUGGGGCAAAUUUUUUGACCACGUUAAGGAAAUAAAUUGCCCCCAUGUGCUGUAAAUCAAGCUCAGUUUUUUUUUCCCUCUCCUUUUUAGGGUUAAGCGUUUUUGUAGGAGAAUACUUUUGAUUCCAGUUUUUUAGGGCUCUUCUCUUUGCAGUCGAUCGGAUCUAAAAUUAUUGUAAUACUUUGUUUAUGCAUUAAUAAACUUUGUUUCUAAAGGAUAUUGUUUCAAUUAAUUAUAUGGAUU